AUGCCCCCGCCCCAUCCCUCCCCGCCCCCGGCUGGCCUGCCCCGGCAACGGGACGGGCGGGGCGGGAUCGGGUUUCACAUCCUGCAGCAGCCGGCGGCCGCAGGGCAGAGGAGCGGGACAUGGCGGAGAGCUUGGCUCUCCUUUGUCCGAGGGAUAAGUAUUGAGGAUCUGCUGUUUACAAUUAAGGUGGAUGCCCAGGAGACCCAGUUUUCUCAGAAUGCGCUGUGCUCCAAACAUGGAGCGAUGUCACACAUCCUCUCGGAUUGGGUGGAGAUCAUCGAGCCCCGCUCUCGGGAGCGAAUGUAUGUCAACUUGGCCACCGGUGAGUGUGGCUGGGAGCCACCUCCCAACCUGAGAGUUCGCCAGUCGGACCAGAAGCAGUGGUGGGAGCUCUUCGACCAGAACAACAAUCGCUUCUAUUAUUACAACGCCAUCACCCAGCAAACCGUAUGGCACCGGCCACAGGGCUGUGACAUUGUGCCACUGGCACAGCUCCAGGCCAUGAAACGCAGGUCCCAGUCUGACUGCAGGGGGCCUCAGCACAUGGACAGCACAAGCAGUGAUGGGAGAAACACCCCGGUUCAAAUGGCCCUGCUGCAGGAGGUGGAGAAGAGCAAGGGGCAGAGCAGUGCAGAGAAGAGGCCAGACCCUGGAAGGGACACUCCUACCCGCUGGCAGCCUUUGCCAGGCACUAAAGCGGCCAUGCUGGUUAAAGUUAACAGUUUAAGACAAGUGCAGGAUUCAUCGAACAGUUCACUGCAGACACAGACUACUGCAGAAGCCAACAGCCAGAAAUCUCUGCUUCCAAAUCCAGUCCCAUAUGCCCAGCCUCAGUCCACAGCCGAGACGCCAGCUACUGCAAAGCCAGCCUCUCCAGUGGAAACCAAACCGUCUAUGCAGAUUAAAAAGACAGAGAAUGGUGGGUUUUGUUUAGUGCUAAGGAAUGGCCCUCCUUGUCACAUUCCGCCAAGGAGCGAAACAGGGACACCACAGCCUGCAUCUCCCAAAUAUGCCUCUCCAGCACCUAUAUAUGAUGAGCCAUCAUUAGAUUCCCCAAUUUAUGACGAACCUCCUGUAGAUAUGGACACUGAGAGUGUAAAUGCGAAUGGGACGUCUCCACAAAUAUCUCCAAGCAACAGCUUCAAAAAGCAGCUCCAGCCAACCAAAUUAUUGCAGCACCCAAGUAUGCAACAGCAACAACAAGCUGGAAAAAAGCAUGUACGAAACCCUUCCACCACAGAAUACAGCCCUGCUGGAAGGGAGUAUAUUAAACACAUGGUCAAUGUUGACCAGUCAUCCAAACCUCUUCACUGCCCUGUGGGGGUAGCUGAUAGCCCUGCUAAACCGCAGCCUGGUCUGCUUUCUUCAAAGGACAGCUUCAAGCAGUCCUGGAGGGUCUUGGAAGCCAAUGUUCUCAAGAAUAUGGAGGCUCACCACAGUCGACAGAACAGCCCACAAGCUCAAGAGUACCCUACUGUUAUAAGUCAACAGGAUUCUGGCUACUCAACAGGCCCUUCUCCGAGCUUACGAAAGAGGAAAGGAAGGAGACAAAUGGCAGGUCAGGGAAGACCUGGCUCAGUGGGCAGCAGCAGUGAACUCAGUGCUUUGAACGAUAAGUUGAUUGCGGAGAUGCGUGCCGUGGUGGGGAAAUCAGCAGCCUGCAGGGGAAGCAAAGCAAGCCUAGAUGCCGACAUGCUGGAAAACACCACCUCAACAGGGAGCAGUAAAGUUAGGUUUCAGUCAGACCAUUUGAAGAAAGGUGUCAUCCAGCGCUCAAGGGAUGACGUGACCUCUAGUAACAGGUCCUUGUACAGACAGGGACUGGAGAGGAGGGGGAGCUUCUCGAAUGACCCAGCUACGCAACAGGACGUAGUGAGGUCCAAGAGGACCUAUGAGAAAAUGGACUCUUUAGAAAAGAAUGUGACGAGCCAGACAAGUUUGGCUUCAUCAGAUGCAGCACGAACAUCCUCUCAGCCUGGAACAAUCGAGUCAGACUCCAAGCAGGAGAAUAGUGUGCAGCCUGCCAUCAGCAUGGGGUAUCAGUUUCCCUACAGCACGUUACGGAAGCCCAUCUCUCAACUCAGCAUGGCAGACUGGGCUUCCAAAAACCUGAACAUGCACACUCAGGGCAUCUUCCGCCGAAGGAUCUCCAUCUCCAACAUGCUCUCUUGGAACAGAGGCUCCAUCAAAAAGCCAAUGCUCAUCACCAGCAACCACACCAUUAAAAAGGAAGCAUGUGAGAUGUUUAAACUGGUGCAGAUCUACAUGGGUGACCGCCAGGCCCGCAUGGACCGAAAUCAUGUGGCUUUGGUCACAGUUACCAAGUGCUGGAGCAUACAGGGUUUACGGGAUGAGCUGUACAUACAGCUGAUCAGGCAGACUACGGACAAUAUGUGUUACCGAAGUUUGGCGUGGGGCUGGGAACUCAUGGCCAUCAGUCUGGCCUUUUUUUCCCCAUCACCCAAGUUUCAGUCUUACCUGGAAGGUUACAUCUACCGCCAUCUUGACCAGGUCAAUGAUGAAAACAUUACCCAGCGCAUUAAGGAACUUCUGGAUCUGAAAAACAAGAAGAACUCCAAAUCCAGGAAAAAGAGGAAGCAAAACACCGAGGAAGAAGGUUUGGCCAUCAGCACGUACGCCAGGUUCUGUUACCGGAAGCUGCAGAAGGUGGCGGUUACUGGGGGCAAGAAGGGCCUCCGUAAACCAACGAUAGAGGAGAUAACACACGCCAGAAGUGCCAUUGUGACGCCAUCGCUGUUCGGCAGCUCUCUGGAGGAAAUCAUGUCACGGCAGCAGGACAUGUAUCCGGGGAACAAGCUGCCUUGGGUACAGAUACAGCUGUCUCAGCAAGUCCUGGCCCUGGGGGGAGAACAGACUGAAGGAAUAUUCAGAAUACCUGGCGACAUUGAUGAAGUCAACGCAUUGAAACUGCAGGUGGAUCAGUGGAGGAUCCCCAACAACCUCAGUGAUCCCAAUAUACCAGCCUCCCUGCUGAAGCUGUGGUACCGGGAGCUGGAGGAGCCCGUCAUCCCCCAGCAGUUCUACAAAGAGUGCAUCAGCAACUACGAGAACCCUGCCGCCGCCGUGGCUGUGGUGCAGCUUCUGCCAGAGCUCAACCGACUGGUCCUGUGUUACCUCAUCCACUUCCUGCAGAUCUUUGCUCAGCCAUCUAAUGUGGGCAAGACGAAGAUGGAUGUGAACAACCUGGCCAUGGUGAUGGCCCCGAACUGCCUGCGCUGCCAGUCCGACGACCCCCGGGUCAUCUUCGAGAACACCCGCAAGGAGAUGUCCUUCCUGCGCAUGCUCAUUGUGCACUUGGAAACUAGCUUUAUCAGAGGGGUGGUGUGA